AUUGAUUUUGAUAUUGGAAUGGCCCGGCCCAAUAUAUUGGACUUGAACAGAGUACGAUUUGUUCAACCUUUUAAAGCCCAAAAAUUAGGGUUUUACAGAGACCUUCUCCUUCCUUCCCUUCUUCACCAUGAAUCAGAAUAACCAGUCGGCCAUGAAAUCAGAAUCAGCAAAAGGCAAGCGAAAGCUGCGAAACCCAGAGGCCAACAGUGAGGAAACAACAGAAGCAUCGCCGUCGGAUUAUUCCUUCGCAAUCACAAGGAUCGCCGUCGCUCAGGUUUGCAAAUCCAUGGGGUUCAGGCGGACAGAGCAGUCUGCUCUCAACACCCUUACUGUAGUCGCUACCAAGUACCUGGAAACCCUGGCCAGAUCGGCGGCUGAAUUCUCGAAUGCUGCGAAUCGCACCCAGUCCAACCUCUUCGACGUCACCAACGCCCUUCACGACCUCCAUGCCGUCCACGGAGGAUUCCUCGGCGCAUCCGCUCUACAUGAUAGCAAUUGCUUGUUGAAAUCCAGUGUGUUAAAAGAUCUGUCUGAUUUUGUUUAUUCCACCGACGAAAUCCCUUUCGCCAAACCUAUCAAUAAAGAAAAAGGGAGAGGAACAGAAGCAACUACUCCGCCGAACUCGGAGAGACGACCCAAGCAUAUUCCGGAAUGGUUGCCGGAAUUCCCUGAGAUGGUUGGUCGUGAGGAAUGUAAUAAAAGAGUUAAUCAGGAGGAAUUGUGGGAGAACACCAGUUGGGCUCCGGUGUGUGAAGGCGGUGGGUCUGUGGGAGGAAGAAACAACGAUAAUGGGGGUAAGUUGAUGACGGAGAGAGCAAGAGUAAGCUUCAGAAUUGGCGGAGGGAAAAGAGUGGAUUUGAAUGGUAAUAUCGGAGAAUCGCCAGACCGACGGAAAGUAGAAGCCGACGACGACGACAAGAUUUGCACUUUCUUGCAGAUGCUGAUUCUGAAGAGGAAGAAGAAAAGGCAAAGACUCCAGAAAACGCAGGAGAAAUAAUUAUGGAAUUUGAAAUAUUUUUGUUAGCUAUGAGGGUCGAACACAGUAUCCUCAAUAAAGCAAAGUUUUGAUGAUGGAAAGCCAACCAUCGAGGCAUACCUUACCGCUGUUUGUGUUG